UCCUGCUUAGAUUGUUGAUUGGUGAGUUGGUGACGUUAGACGUACUUCGGUUUGAAAGUUUAACCAAUAAAAUACUACGCUGAACCUAGUUUACAAUUCGAAGCUGUUGAAUCUGCAAAUUUUCCUAUUAUUCACUUCCCAAGAAAAUGACCCAAAAGAAAAUAAAUGUUAAAGAAAAACUUAACCACGAUGGAGAAGUUGAUCUUAGUAUGCUAGACAUUACUGACGUUCCAGUGAAAGAAAUAGCAACAUUGAAAAAAGCAACAACCCUCAAUUUAUAUAAUAAUAGUAUAACAAAACUACCUCCAAACUUCUCUAUUUUGACCAAUCUUAUUAAAUUAGACUUAAGUAAGAAUUGUUUGUCAGAAUUACCAGAAAAUUUUGGAGAGUUGGUGAAACUGAAGCAUUUAGAUUUAUAUCAAAAUCAACUGAAGCGUUUACCAUUGAGUUUCUCCAAACUUAAAUCCUUAAAAUGGUUGGAUUUGAAGGAAAAUCCCUUGGAGCCCACGCUAUUGAAAGUUGCUGGACCUUGUGAGAAUACCAAACAAUGCCAAGUUUGUGCACGAAACAUAAUCAACUAUUUGACACGCCAACAAAACAAAGCUGAUGUUGAAAAGGAAGAGAAAGAAAAACAGAAGAAAAAACAACUGGAGGUGAAUGAAAUCAAAAAAAAAGAAGAAAAGAAAGCCAAGAAAAGAGAUAUUCCAGAGACAGAGAAAAAUGGGAACAUUAAAGUACUAACUAAAACUGAAAAGAAAAAAUUGAAAAAAAUGAAAAAACUGAGUGAAGUGAAAACUUCAAGCAGUUUUUCAUAUUUUAUUGCAUUUUUCUGUUUGUUAGUUUCAGUUUUUAUCCUAACAUCGUUAAAAGUGAAAUUUCUAGAAAAUUUGGAAAAAUUCAUUGAAAAUUCAUUUUUCAAGGUACUUGCAAUCUUGCCUGAAAAUUAUAGGACAUAUGGUAAUGAUUUUGGUCACAGUUUCAAACAAGUGCACCUCAAAACUGGAGAAUAUUGUUUAAGUUUAAUUCUUUUCAUACAGAAGAAUGAAUAUUGUAUAUUGGCAUAUAAUGUUUGUAAAGAACUUUCAAAUAAUCUUCUCCUGAAGGUUAAAACUCUAUAUGAAAAUGUUAUGUCUUAGUGCCUUCAACUAAUUUUUAUUAAAAAACCUUUUUAAU